CUCGUACUCUCCCUCAAAAAACAUCUCUGGCGUAUAUUACAUGCGUGUAAGCAUUUAGUACAUUCGUAGAAAAAAUGGCAGCGGGCGAUUACAGAAAAGUGUCGAGAGCUCCUUAGCUAAUCGUAGCAGAAAACACGGCAUACGAUUAAACUCCUCAAGUACAAAGACCCAGUUAGUCACCAUCCUACAUCAGAUUGUCGUCAUUGUUCUCCUGUCAUCAUGGGCAAGACUCCGCUCAAAGUGGAUCCAAAAGAUGGCAAAAAGGAGAGACCGGGAAAAGCUCUUCCACCAAUAGAAACCUUUAACUGGGAUGAGUACCUCAAAGAAACAUCAUCACUCCCUGCCCCGGCUAGCUGUUUCCGCCAGGCCCGAGUGCCCCCAUCCAAUGACUUUAAGGUCGGCAUGAAGCUGGAGGCCCAUGAUCCUCGCAAUGCCACGUCCGUGUGUAUCGCCACGGUGAUGGGGCUCACGGGGGUGCGGCUGCGGUUGCGGCUGGACGGCAGCGACAACAGCAAUGACUUCUGGAGACUCGUGGACUCCUCAGAUAUUCAGCCUAUUGGCUCCUGUGAGAAGAAUGGGGACAUGCUGCAGCCUCCUCUGGGAUUUCGUAUGAAUGCUUCCUCCUGGCCAAUGUUUCUCCUGAGGACUUUAAAUGGAGCAGAGAUGGCGCCAAUAGCAGCCUUCAAAAAGGAGCCUCUGAGACCUCCUCAGAACAGUUUUAAACCAGGCAUGAAGCUGGAGGCAGUAGACAAGAAGAACCCAUACCUGAUCUGUCCUGCCACAAUUGGGGAGGUGAGAGGUGAUGAGGUCUUCAUCAUGUUUGACGGCUGGAGGGGCGCCUUCGAUUACUGGUGCAAGUAUGACUCCCGGGACAUCUUCCCAGUGGGCUGGUGUGCACUCACCAAACACAACUUGCAGCCACCGGGCAACAGUGUCACUCUCCCCAAAAGCAUGCCCAUCUUCAGCUGCUCCUCGCCCUCCAAACCCAGCAGACGCUCACUGCAGCCCCCCUACAGACUGCCUACACCCCUGCCCCAGUUACCUGUGAGGAAGGGGGUCCGGGGCCGGCGUCCGAAGAGUGAGACUAUCGCCCUGCUCAAGGCUGUGGCUGAGGCAGCAGCGGCCAAUCCGAAUGGUGCGGCAGUAUCAGAGACCACACGAGUAAUAGAACCAAGACUUCAUAAGAAACGAGGGCCCAAGCCUGGAAGCAAGAGAAAGCCCAAGAUCUUCCACAGAGCUCUUGACCUGCCCAGUAUCCCAGUCCCACAGGAGAGUCCUGCCAGCCUCAACUCCGUGGUAUCAACAGUGUGUGUGUAUGUGAACAAACAUGGGAACUGUGGACCACACCUGGACAGGAAGCAGAUGCAGCGCCUCCCGGACCACUUCGGCCCCGGCCCUGUCAAUUCAGUCCUGCAGCAGGUGGUUCAGUCUUGCAUCGACUGUGCAUACCAGCCCAAGGUCCUGCUCAGCGCUCUGCACACCCACUCUGGAGGGGGAGAGGUAGUCCGAGUGCGCACAGAUGGGGGGGUACGAGUGGUCAAACUGCCCUCUGCCUCUAGUGCGUCCUUCGUCCUGCGCUUCUUGGAGACCAUGUGUCGGCACCUGCAGUGUGACAGUCUGUUCAGUAGCCAGCCCUUCAGCCACUACUCCUCCUACGAAAGGACCAAGUCAGUGAAAGAGGAGGCCCUGGAUCUGCCCUCUUUGAGCCGAGGGACCAAAAGGAGCCUGUCCGGAGUGUCUCCUCCAUACGCUGCUCCUCUGUCACCCAAACACCUCCGAACUGAAGCCCACCCCUCAGAAGCUGAGACUCUGCCACAUGAGGAGAAUGGCCUGAUGAAAGAGCAGCGCUACAUGGACUCUGCCUCCAACUCCAUGACCCCUCGACCCCACAGCGUCCGGAGUCCCUCUGACUAUCACUCCCAGCCAGGUGCCCCCUACCGUCACCACGGCGCCACAACACCCAUGAGGCGCCUCUCCUCCAACUCCACAGACCACAGCUCCACACUGCCCCACAGGAGAGUCGAAGCAGCAAGCUCUACGACCGGACCCGAUGCUUCAGAGCGGGAGGGUGUGCCCAGUAAAAACCCCUCGUCCUGGACCAUUGAGGAGGUGAUGCAGUUUGUGAGGGACGCUGACCCCAUGGCUUUAGCUCCACAUGCCGAACUUUUCAGAAAACAUGAGAUCGACGGCAGGGCUCUUAUGCUGUUGAGGAGUGACAUGAUCAUGAAGUACAUGGGGCUGAAGCUGGGGCCUGCUCUCAAACUGUGCCACCACAUUGAGAGGCUCAAACAGGGCAAACUGUGAUGGCCAAACAGGAUGUCCUAUCAGCUGUAGACCUCUGAGCAAUAACUCCUCCCCCUGCGCUCCAGUGCAAGGACAGUGACCCCGGCCUACAGACAGGGGACGCUACAUGUUAUUCUAGAGCAAACUUCUCAAUACAUGUUACGACUUCCAGAGUGGACACGUUACCUCACCCUCUGUCAGUUUUCCGAGUCUAAAGAGACACAGUGAACUUGAUGAAAUCCCAAAGGAAAAAUAAGCCCGUAGUGUUUACAUUGCAAGACACAUGAGCACACGUGGACACACAGCUGAAACUUUCUGAUCCUACUUUUGGAUCCCCAAAGAUGGAGAAUGUUUCUUCUUAUUUGAGGUGUAUUGUUGAAUUUCCAGUUGAUAAGGAAGGGUUGUUCUGCAAACAUGUUUUAUUGUUAAAGCUCUUCAAGAGGAUUUUAAUCUACUUCCACAUUCUUUUAAAUCAACUACUCAAGUAUUGGUACAUUUGAUGUGUGUCAAUGAUUGUUUUUUCACACACUAAGACAACCUAAUACACCAGUCUGGCAUAACAGAAUACCGGUAGUCAUUAUAUUAUUAAAAGUGGGGUAUAUGAGGCAACAAGAUCUCAUAGUGCAUGUGUUAGAAGUAUGAAACGGCCAAGUGGGGAUAAUGGGAUUAAGUGCAAGUUUGCAGUGGUCAGUAAAAGUAGACCAAGGAAGUAAAGAACAGUAGUGAACCAACAAUAAGUGAUUCAUAUGAGGUUGGCCAGUAAUAGAGAGCGACUAAAGCUCAAAUUACUAAAGAAGUUCUGAAAGUAAAGUCAAAAUACAUGCUGUAGUUUCAUGUGGGGCUAAUACAUAUAUAUAGAAUGCUAAUGUUAUGCCUGAUUGGUGUAUUUAUACUUUAGAAAGUAUUAAUACACUUGUUUACCUGAAGAAUUGAUGACUCACUCUGAACUAGACACUAGUUUCUCCCUUUACAUUCAGUGGUCAUCAGAGACAUUGAGUUUGUUCCACCACUGUCCUAAAUGUGCUUUUGCAUGCGGGACAAGAAUGGUAUUAUUUUUGUGUCUUAGCAAGCCCUAAGUUGCCUCCUAUUAUUUUUCAUGCAGUUUCUAUCAAAUUGUUCUUACACCUGACUGAGAACAGGCUUAGAAAUGUCAUUUCAAUGUAAAGUCAAAGGAAAUCUGACAAGGGCUUUAUCCUUUGUUUGAUGCGAUGUUUCCUAUAUUUGUCAUAACCAUUUUGUUAGUUUUUGACCGUUGCAAUCACUGUUAGCAGAGAUGUAUACAGUUUUAUGGGUUUAACUAUGAAUUUCAGCAACCGAAUGUACAUUUUGUAGAAACUUUAAUAUUUUAAGUAAAUAAUAUACUUAUGUUAGUUAUGUGAGGGAGGAGGAUUUUGGGAGUUGUUGAAGAGUGGGCAAUUUGUGCAUAAAAAAACGUAAUGCAACGCUUUUAGUUCCAAUAUUGAGUAAUAGAUCUUGCCUUGCUUUACCAACAACAUUUCUCAGGAUUAUGUGAUCUUUGUAGUACUUUUGUAGCAUACUGUUUGUACUUACACAUACUCUUCCUGUUACCCCCUUAAGUACUUUGUGCCAUAUACUAUUUAUGAGGAACAUCUGAUAGUUGGAUUCCUGCAUCCUCUUAAAAUACUUGAAAUUACCAUAUGUCUUGCAAAGUCACUUGUCCAUAAUGUCACAACUGAUAAAUAAUGUGGUAAUAAUG